AUGCGCGAAUACCAUCUCCUCAAGAGCGCCCUGUUUCGUGGAGGCCUGACGACCGAGACCUUGGAGACAUUGUUACAAGGCGAGAACGGCGUUUCGAGUGACGCACCAUUAAGCUAUGACUACGUGUCGGAGCACACACCUGCCGAAUCAAGAGCCACUCCUGUAGCUGCACCUACUUCAUUUCACUACCGACCAGAGUCGGAUCACACAGCUGUCAGCCACGGUCUCCAGCCUAGACCUUCACAAUCGCUCCAUCGAAUCGUCAGCUAUGGCGUAUCUGAGUCCUUCACAGGGGACCCACAAGACGACGACGAAGACCAGGAGCCAAUUUCAGGUCGCCGUGUACCACUCCAUGAUCAGCGAACUGUACUGAUCACCAACCUCUCUGAGCGUACCACACAUAAAGACUUGGCCGGAAUUGUCCGUGGUGGAAGACUCCUCGACAUCUUCCUCCGCAACGACCGAUCUGCUACCAUCUCGUUCGUUGAAGGGGCCGCGGAUUUUCUGGCUUAUGCAAAGCGCAACGAUAUCUACCUGCAUAUGAAGAGGCUUGAGUUCCGUUGGAGCGACCGACAGUUCCACGUGCCACCGCAUGUGUCCAACAAAAUCGCUGGCGGCGCCACGCGGAACCUGGUGGUAAGAGGGGUUGCAGGCAAAGUCACCACAGAUCAGAUCCGUGAACAACUUGAUCACAUCCACAACCUCAUCGUGGUUGACGUAUACUUCAGAAACGGCGAUGCAUACGUCUCGACCAACUCGAUUCACAAUGCUCUGUUCGCCAGGACAUGCAUGAUGUCGCGUAGCAUAUACAAAGGCACGCGCAUCGAGUACUAUCCAGAUGAAUGCGCUGGACCGUUACCUCAACCCAAGAAGACCCAGGUUCCCGUCGCGCGUAUGCCUACCAAAUCUGCGCCUGUGGUCAACCAGUAUGCUAUUCUGGACACUGGUUCUAACGAUGGAUCUGAGUCUGAAGAGGAGUCGUACAGGACCCAUGGUGUACAGGUUGAUGGUUACCAUUGGGCUGACGCUGUCGUAGCAUAA